UGGGAGUAGCACAACAUGGGCGCUGAAUUAUCCUCUAAGCCCACAGGCUUCACUUUCCUAGCGUUCACAUCCCCGGGUGAUCAAGUUGAAACUCAGCUAAAGCAGCAGCUGCGGUCCCUCAUCCCCAACAAGGACAUGCGAAGGCUCAUUUCUCAUGUUAUCCAGACUCUGAAAAUAGACUGCUCGGAGACCCACGUGCAGCUGGCCUGUGCCAACCUCAUCUCUAGAACAGGCCUCCUGAUGAAGCUUCUCAGCAAGCAGCAAGAAGUAAAGGUGUCCAAAGCGGAAUGGGAUACGGACCAGUGGAGAAGUGACAGCUCUGUCAGUGAGAGCACAGAAGCCCAGAGUGAGCAGAAAGAGCAGGAGUCAAGUGAGCUCACAAAAGAAGUUCCAGGAUGUGGCUGUAACAACAAACUCAUCUUGGCAAUAUCUGUAACUGUAGCAGUGACGAUUUUGGUUACAAUUCUCUGUCUCAUUGAGGAUCUUACCUAGCCGUAUGGCCUGCUGCCUCUGCCAAUUUAAAAAUACUAUUGAGGUUGUCUGUAAGACAGUCAAGCUGCGUUGUGACAGCGAAUGCCUGACAGACGUCACACGUUGUGGACCUCAAGUAUUAUUCCAUUGAUUUGUUGAACAUUCCACGUUGACAAACAAUCUGGCAACUCUCGUAACAUAUACCCUAGAUCCCUGCCCAAAUUUUAGCAAAGAGCCACGGCGGACAUAGUGUUUUUUUCUGUAUAGAGCCUUCUGUUAUGGCGGCUGGGAUAUAUGGAAGCAGGGACUGAGCAAAGGACUCGGUGGGUGGGUGGAGAAGAGAAUGUCCAGGUGACCACCUGUUAGCGGCGGUUGUUGUCGUGGACAUCUGUGAUAGUAGCGAGAACACAAGCACACUGAAGAGGUGGAGAGCGGAAGCCUCACACUCCUCUGCCUCUGAGGCAGGACAGGAUGGGGUAUGUGAAUGUGAGGAGUCACAGUAGAUCUGCAGAGAGUCCAGCUGAGUAGGGGAGUAUUUGUCUUCCAGCCUUGGCUUUUCUUGAGUACUGGCCCCUGGGAACCAGUGGAGUAAUCCUGAAUAUAGUUACUAUAUUUCACGCUACAGAAUUUUCUGAGUAGAUAGCCACUUUUUCAAGAGAUACCUUUUUCACAUUUUGUUGUUGCCAGUCAUAGGCUUCAGUGUGGGUUUCUUUUUCUCCGAAGUGGCACUCAAACGUUGACUGAUUCCUAAUUUAUUUGGCUGUGGCCUGACAAAAAGCUGUCCCAUCAGUCUUCAAUGAUCAAAAACAGUCUCCUCUUUUUUGAGAGAUGAAGAAACAUCUCUAGGGAAUGCAGAAGGAUCGUUGAUGAAGGUGUUACAAGCGUGGAAGAAGAACAACAGCCCCGAGCUGACUAUUGAGUCAGAGAGGGCAUCCUCAGAUAAAAGUGCUGUCAGCUUGUCAGGCUUCAUGAAUGAGCAGCUGGACUUUAAUAAUGACAGUGAUAUUAUCAGGGCACGAAAUUACAUACUGCCUUAUAUCUCAGAGGGAAAUCUAGGAGAUGUGGAAUCAACAUUAUUACCAUUCCUUCAGCUUCUUUUUUCAAGUACACAAGCUGGAGCUAUGCCGCUGGGCCUUUUGAAAAACAAUACAAGCAGCCCUUCUGUUAAACGUGUACGCAACAAUUCAACUAAUAAAAAUAGAUUGAGGAAACUCCAUUUUCUGGAAAAUUUGUUAGAUGCAGAAACUCAAGAAAAAAUGGAUGAGGUGAAAAAGGAAGAAAAACCUGCCACGCGUACGCGUUCCAACCUUUUAAGUGCCAUGUAUAAACGCUACAUCUUUCAAAAGAAGUUGGAAACUGCCCAACCACAGAAAGACAGCCUAGCGAAGACUAAGAGUACAGAGGAAAAGCUGCUGAGGGUGAACAGGGUCCUCAAGGGCCCGAGGGGCCUACAGAAAAUGCACCUCAAAGCAGUGGGAGAUGAGAGCGUCUGGGGGAAACAGAAUGCCCAGCCAUCUGUGGCGAGCACUGCCGAAGAAAGAAGGCUCAGGAGGCCAUCCCCAAGAAAGCUGAAUCAGCUACUCAUGGUGCAGAGGCCCAGGAAGCUGGUGGGAAAGUCCUCCAAUGCAGAGUCUUCAUUCAUAAAGGAAGACAAGGCAGCAGGUUCCUCUACCCUGAAACAGUACUU